AUGAUUGAACGAUGUCAUCCUUAUUUACCAUUAGUUUCAGUAUUUUUAUUCCAUCAACAUUUCAAACUUAAAGAAAAACGACAAGAAUUAGCUAAUAAACUUUUAGCAAUAUUUAAUCAAGAUGUUGUUUCUUCUCAACUAUCAGAUAAAAUCAGUGUAAUAUGGAGUGGUCGUUUAAUAGCUACGGCUGGUCAUUGUACAACUCGACGAACAACACGUACUGCUAUUGAUCUGUUUCUAUUUGAUUUACGUACACGUACUAAUAUAAUUGUUGAUUAUCAACCAAUUCCAUCAACAACUAUUGUAUGUGAAAAAAUAAAUAAUAACGAAAAAAUAAAUAAUAAUAAUAAAAAAUCAACUACAACAACAGCUGCACCAGCAACAAGUCCAACAACAGCAGCACCAACUACAGCUACGACAACAAAUACUCUUAAAAAUCAAGUUCGUGAGCCUAUAGAAAAAUUAGAAAAAUAUAUAUUAAAAUACGUUUAUACAUACACACAACAUGUGAAAAAAAUAGCCGAAACUAAAGUUCAAUUAGCCAAAGCUCAAUCAGAUGAAUUUAAAGCUUUAGAAGAAUUUGAACAAAUAGCUACUCCAUCUCAAUGGAAUAUUCAUUUAGCUUUAAAACCUAGAAUAAAACUUUGGUCAACCAAAAAUAAAAAUUACUUGGCUGCUCUUAAACGUGUUGAAUAUGAUAUGCCUCCAAAAUUUAUUGAAAAAGUUGAUUUAUCAUU